GCAGAACCCGCCUUCAUCUGUUAGAUCUUACACCCAGUUAAAGGGCUCCUAAGCACCGUCUGAGUAUCGAUCGCUCACUCUGAGAAGCCGGUUCCGAGAUUGAUGGCACGGCGCUCCGCGGUAAAAACAGUCGUGUUGAGAUCCGUGCGUCAUCGGGACCCCGGCGGCGACGGCGUCGGUCGCGGCGGCGCGUACUGUCUCUGUCUCACCGUGCCUCGGAGCGGAGCGCAGCGGAGGGGUCAGUAUAACCGAUCAACGCGUUAGCCGCCUCCGUCAACCAAUCAAUUCAUCGCGACCGGAGCGCCUCAACCCGGAUGACCUCCGGAGUGACGCGGCUCUCCGGUGAGAGUGCGGAGGGAGCAGCGCCGGAGGAGAUGCGCAUAUCUGCAGGUCUCUAGCGCUGUCGUAAAGCAAGAGUCUGGAGUCAAGUCAGCUAUCACUAAAGCGAUGCCAGGGGUAACCAAGUACAAUUUAGUAGAUGACGUGCACGAUUUGAGGAUCCCCAUGCACAACGAGGAGGUGUUCAAGCAUGGGGUCUGCUUCGAGGCAAAGUACAUUGGCAGUUUGGAGGUGGGUCGCCCCGGCAGUCGAAUGGAGAUAGUCGCUGCAAUGAGGAGAAUCAGAUAUGAAUUCAAACUGAAGAACAUAAAGAAAAAGAAGGUCAACAUUGUCGUAUCCACCGAUUGUGUCAAAGUGAUUUUACGCAAAAAGAAGAAGAGAAAAGGGUGGUCAUGGGAUGAGAACACCAUCCUGGUGACACAGGAUCCCAUCUACAGGAUCUUUUAUGUCUCACAUGAUGCUCAAGACUUGAAGAUCUUCAGCUACAUAGCGAGAGACGGACAGAGCAACAUUUUCCGGUGCAAUGUGUUCAAGUCGAAGAGGAAGUCUCAGGCCAUGAGGAUCGUGCGGACAGUGGGUCAGGCGUUUGAUGUGUGUCACCAGCUGACCCUGCAGCAGAAAAGCGAUGACCAGGAGGAUGAGGAGGGGAAGGCGGAGGAGUCUGAGGCAGUGCCAGCAAAGAAGAGGUUUGCAUUGUCAGAAGAGACAGACCUUGAAGCCACUACAGAGGAGAGCAUUGAGUGCGCCUCUUCAUCAGACCUGGAGAAGAGCAAAAAGGACGAGGCCCUUGUAACCGAAGGCAAGGUGUCUGAUGAUCCAUCUUUUCUGCUGAGCUCUCCUGUCCUCGGGGCUUCUGUUUCGGGUCAGUUGGCGGCAGAGGCUCCCUGCUCUGCGGAGCACCAGGUCCAGCUCCUUCAGAAACAGCUGCAGCAGCAGGAGCAGCAAGCACUGGCAGCUUCAGCACAGGUUCAUGUGCUCCAGGAGCAGCUGUCAGUGGAGGUGUGUGCACGGACCGAAGCCCAAGCCAGAGUGCAGAGGCUGCUGCAGCAGAACACCGACCUGCUGCAACACAUUUCCCUGCUGGUCAAACAGAUCCAGGAACUGGAGCUCAAAGCUGCUGGCCAGUUAACAUCUAUGGGCUCCCAGGACAGUCUUCUGGAGAUCACUUUCCGCGCCAAGCCCCCCAGCGUCCCCCGUGAACCCCUCACUCCUUCUUCAUCUACAGGCCCUUUAGCAGCUCAGUCCCAGCUCCAGAUUAGUGACAGUGCCUGGGUCUCCGGCCUCCCCGGGCCCUGCUCUCCAGGCACCAUGGGCACCGACACCAGCCCUCUGGGGCUCAGCGGCAGCGGGGUUCGACUCGAGUGCUUUCGUUUCUCCUCCCGGGGGCCGGACGGCCAGGAGCAGGGUCAGGACACGGGGGAAACCCCCAGCGACGGAGCACCGGAUGAGAGUUCGCUGCUGGGGGAGCAGGUCCUCGGAGCCCUGGAGCUUCUUCGGUUUAGGGAGUCCGGGAUUGGAUCGGAGUACGAAUCGAACACAGAUGAGAGUGAUGAUCGGGACAGCUGGGGGCAGGGCGAGGGCGUGGGGGGAGACGGUGCAGCCCGACUCAUAAAUGUGCUGAAUGCAGAGAGUCUGCCGGACUGCUUAGGGGAUGAGAUGGCUGUGUAGUGGUGCUCUGAAAGCUGUGCUAGGCCACCCCAACGGGAAACAGGUGAAAUUCAGAAUCUGAAGAACUUCAUCACACAGAAAUCAUGUAUUGUGGCAUAAGUAAACAGCAUCAUUUGCAGGAAUAAAUAGUUUGUGGCUGGUAGCUGGACAGAGCGCUCGCUCACCACAGGUGUCGCAAAAGUUUUGAAUCGUCACUUCCUUUGCACUGACACGGUGUCCGCUUGUAUGAGGUGGAACUCAUGAAAGGAAACGAUAAAAACAGAAAUCCUGAAAACUGAAUGAAAAUGAUACAUUUAUUCCAUAAAGGAGAUCCUUUUUAAGUUUUGCUAUUGCUACAUAGCUAGCGUUAGCAUUAAAACCUGUUCACUUACCAGUCUAGUCAAACUUCAUUCCUUUACUCCCCGCUCCGGAGGUGGAAAGGAACGCCAAUGUUAACGCUUGUCUCCAUCACGUCUUUUCUUCUACUGAGGUUAGCACGCUAACCAGCUAGCCGCGGCCUGUCUCAUCACUUUCCGAUAACGACUCACUGUAGCCUCCAAUCCGCCCUGAUGACAUAGAGCUGCUCAGAGGAAGUAUUAUAACCUCUUCUCUUGUCAAGCGACAAUCACCACCACCCGCACCCAGCAAGAAACCAUGUUCGGCGGCAGAGAAAACUUACAGAAACCUUCAUUAAAAUUUAAGAUGACUUGAUUGCGACAUUAAUGAUUUCAUCAAAAUAAACUUGAGCUUAUCAAAUUUGGGAAAUCAUUAUGAUACAUCACCAAUGACUGACAAGUUAGCAAGCGCAUGUUCAAUUCUCACACCAAAUAAAACUACGAGAAGUAAGGAUAAUAACCUCUAGCCUUCAGACACGUCAUAUUGAAUCAAACUGAUUUUUGCCAAACCCUUAAUGUCUUUAUUAAAAUAAAUGUAAACAAGACUAAGAGUCGUUAACAUUAACAUUUACCAUCUUCACCGUCUUACUUUAGGCAUAUGUAGGUAUGACGUUAAUUAUCACAGAGCAAAUGUAUCAAUCCAGUCAGUGAUUAAAUCUUCAUGAGCUCCACUCUACAUACACUGGGCGUUACUUGCUGUGAAAAACAAAAAAGACGCACUUCUAGAUAAGAAUUUGUUUCAGGCUCUGUCCGUCUCUCAGCCGUCUGUUAAUAUAUAUGUUACAUACUGUGUGUGUGUGUGUGUGUGUGUGUGUGUGUGUGUGUGUGUGUGUGUGUGUGCGCGUGUGUCAGUCUGAUGAUUGUUGUACCUACAUACGUGUGGCCUCCUGACUCGGUGCCAUCGCCACUUUGCUGGGCUCGUUACACUGUGGUUGUGUCUGUGUUUUUGGAUUUGUGACACAUGGACAUGGUCGUUUUAUCUCUUAUCUAAUGAAGAUCUAUGGAGAAAAAGAAGACAUGCUAACACAUUUUUUUGGAGUGUGGAAAAUUAAAACAUUGCUGUGCUUGCUAUGACACUUAAUCUGUAAAUUACACUUGGGUUUGAAAAUGAGCAUGCAUCUGUCAUAGUCUGAUUUUGUCUCUUUUCAAUACAUUGUAUAUAGUUUGAUUAACCUUAAUGCUUUGGCAUGAUUUUAUUCCUACUUUUCUUCAUCCUUUUAUUGAAGAACAUUUUCUGAAUAGGUGUAGUUGUGUCUCAGAGGGAAACAUCUCACUGUGUGCAGGUGCUGCUACAAUUCUGUCUGUUGCUUAAAGAUGUAGCCACCUCGUACUGUAAGUAUUAUUUAUUAAUGCCGUACUGCUGCAGCGAUAAACUGCUGCAUCACUGUUGCUCCGCCCUUCAGACAAAUUGUGUGGAAAGUCCUUUAGCACCCAUUCAGGGAAAGGUGGAGGCUAAUAAGAAACUUCUGCAACCUUUCAACGCCAGCUGUUCUACCAGCUCCACCACGCUGACAGUGAGCCAAGUCUUUCAAUCACUGAAUUGGGGACGUGUCUUUGAGCUCUUUCCAAAAAUCGAUUAAUCUCUUCCUGGCCCUCCUUUUUCCCCCCUCCUCUCCUCUCCCUCACUCACCUUCCUCCCCUCUUUUCCCCGAAGCUAGUCACCUCUUUCCCACUCUCUUGCACUCACAAUCUGUCUGCUGUAUCCGUCAAUCCAUAUCGGAUUUUUCCAAUCUCUGGCGUUUCCCGUUUCCCUCCAAGGUUAUGUCUGUGUGCUAAAAAUGAAAGUGCACUUACAUCAGUGUUUCUCCUUGUGGAAUUAAAUGCCCUUUCUCAAA